GUCUAUUCAAAAGACUAUAUGAAUGCUAGAUCAUUCUAUGAACAUACGAACAUGGACACGAGCUUUUUUUUUUCCUAUGGGUUAUAGAUAUAAAGAGAAGGUCGAAUUUUGACCCAAAAAAAAGAGAGAAGGUCGAAUAGACACAUUUAAUUAUUUGGAACAUCUUGAUCCCCAUCAUUAAUUUCUUAUUUCGUCAUGCAUAGAUUUUUUUUUAAUGGUUAUUGCUAUUCGUUAACUACAUAAUCUGUCAUGUCGUAGGCUAAAUCAUUUUGCAAACACCAGUUGUCAACUGGUUUGGCCGGACUUAAGACAUCCUAUGUGAUAGCACACAAAAUUCCAGGGCAGGGCUUUACUCUUUUCGCUAUCUUUUGCCUUUUCUCGAAGUUUAAAGCUUACAUCGACACUCCUAUAUCUCUCUUGCGCUCUUUUAUUUGCGUAAAAUCAAAUCUUAGUUAAAUGAAAAUGAAAACGAGUAGCUUGGCCAACAACAAGGGUAACAUACGGCAGUCUCCAAGUCUGGUCGUGGAUGGACCAAAAUCCCUGGAGUUCUUCACUCGGUGGUCAUUGGGCCGGGCUAUGUUGGUCGUCAGAAUGCCAUUUUAAUUUCCUUCCCCAUGGUUGUCUCAGCUCCCAUGGUGCUCCAAUUCUCGAUUUUCGCCUAGAAUUCUACUCUCAUUUUAUUUGUCAAAACAAUUUUCUUUUCCUAAUGUUCAUGCCUUAUUUGCCCGCAACAUCUGAUGUAUUUUUGUUUUUUCAGUCAAUACAUCGUAUUAGGUUAUAAAAAGGUUUUCAACAAAUUCUGAAAUGUACUUUUAACUUGUCACGUCCCUUGCUAGUACUAAUGUGGCAAGUCGUAAAUGAGAACACAUGCAUAUGCCCCGCUCUGCUCAAAUUUGAGCAAAAUGAGAUGAAUGAAGAUGUCGAUAUAGAAUAGAAACUCCUAAACCAAAAAUAAAAUAAAAGUUAGAUGAUAGUUAAUAAAAGUAAACAUGUUGACAAAUAAAAGCAGCGUAACCACAUAAUUGAGAAAAUAAUAUGCAUAAAGGUAUGAGAGAUGUCUAAUAAGAUAAUGGAUGUGCCUUGUUUUGUCUCGUGUUGGUUUUUAGUUCUUACAGUUUGAUGGUUUUUUUUUACUUUUUACUUUUUUGGAUAGGUGGAACCGUCGUUGUAUAUUUUUGUUGUUGUUGUACAUUUUUGGUCGCCUAUAUUUAUAAAAAACUGUCGUCAAAUCUUAAACAAUCAUGGGUCAAAAGAUGUUUCAUCAUUGAUUUCUAAUGAUUUUUAUAGGAAGUAUCACAAUGAUAUUGUUUGUAUAGCUUAGGUAUCUUAAGACAAAAGUUAGUGUAUGGUUUCUUUAAGAGAUUCCUUGAAUCAUAGCAUGCCUAUCUAUAAAUACUGAUAUAUACACUAUAUAAUAUUGAAAAUUAGAGUGGAAAUCAGGUUCUUUACUUAAACAUGGUUUAACAAUUUGUCUACGUGCUCUUUUGGAAACACAAACAAAAUUCGUUUUUUUUUCUCAAAAUUAAGUUUUGCUUUCUUUGUUUUCGAAGGCAUAUGAAAUUUUGAUAUCUUAUGCACAAAAUGUAUACAUUUAAAUUUCGCCGAUGAACUUGCACAUUUUCUUUAGAUGGUUGACAUUUUGACGAAAUAAAUCUGAGGGGUUACUAUUAAUGAUGGAUAGUUUGAGAGCACACCAAAUUCAAGAUUUCAGGCAUAAUUAUAGACACAUGAACGUGUCUUAAUAAUUGAGAUUUAGCUUCCAAGGUAAAGUUGUAUGCUAAAAUUGAACAUUGUGAUACCCUUUCUUGAAGGCAGCAAUUAAUAAUUAUAAGAAGUGAUUAAGUAAUAAAAUUAAGAUUAAGUGGGUGACAAAGUAUCAUGGGGUCUGCGAUCUAUGUAAUUAUGGAGACUGGUAAAUUCUCACUGCAGAUCAAAAUUUGGAUUAACAGAAAGUCUAACGUCUGAUUUAUGUAAAUGUGGACCCUCUUUGAUACGUUAUUGUCUCCACAACCAUAAUAUUAGCAUAAAAAUAUCUUUGAUUUGUUUGGACCGUCAUCAUUGGUUUAUACUUUACAGUUUGCGUUCAAAAUCAUUAUUGCAGAUAUACUUUUACCACUAAGAAAACACAUGUGUACUUAUAUAUAUAUAUAUAUAUAUAUAUAUAUAUAUAUAUAUAUAUAGUGCUCGCCUUAUCAUUUAUUCAUUUAGAAAUGACCACACAAAAUUUAAUUUUUAAUUAAAACAAAAAACCACAAAUAUCGCAUUUUCUAAAAACAAUAGGUAAUAUUUAAACAGACUAUUUAAAAAAUGUUAUAGCUACUCAUAAUAUCGAAAAUAUUUUAUAAUCACAUAAAUAACUAUUUUCUAAAUCAAUAUGACAUAGAUCUACAAAAUAUGCGCUUACAAAAAUAUAAUUUAUAUAAAUCAUGAUUAAUAAAUUUUCUUUAUUUUUAAAGUUAAUAUUUAAAACUUAAAAUAACGCCAACUGUCUUAAACGGCUAAACCAAUCUACGAUUAACGAAAAGAACUUUUAGAAUCACCAUUUUUUGGGUUAUUCCAUCAAAUAUGUAAAAUAUUUAUCAAGUACAAAUGAGUUGAACAAGUAGAUUAAUAAUUUCUACUAUGAACUAACAAAAUUGUAUGAACAUAAAAAUAAUUAUGUUCUUUCAAACCAUGGAUCAAAAUCUAGUUUAAAUAUAAAAUACAGUAUUUUUAAUUUGAUUUUAGACCGGAAACUGAUCCAAAUGAAAGUGGGAAGCCCAUUAACCAUACUACUGCGGCCUUGCGGAGUCUCUAUUAAAACAACAUAUCAACAAGGAAAAAAUAUGUAGAGAGGGAGAACUAGGGUUACCACCAUGAUCCGAAGAAGUCUCCGUCUCUGCAACAAGAGGAGAACCUAUGUUGUUCCUUUGGAUCUGCAGAUCGAGAUUCUUAGCCGGUUGCCUUCAAAAUCCGUAGUUAGGUUUAUGCUCGUAUCUAAAUCAUGGCAAGAAAUCAUUUCAAGCAAGAGUUUCAUCAGAUUGCGAUCCUUGACUCAGCCUUUGCGUUUCCUACUAGCUUUACACGAUAGAGAUAACCAAACUGGACGCCUAAGUUGCAGCUUCUUCUCUUCUUCUUCGCUAUCGUCGUCAUCACCAUUGAUAUCAACCACUUUUCUAUCCAGAAUAACAUUUCCUCUGCGUAGAGCCUCGUACCCUAGUUAUUACGUCAAUGGUCUGAUCAACGUGGGUGAGAUCAUAUGUAACCCUUGCACCGGAAAGACCAUAUCAUUACCAAAGCUUGUCAAAACAACAGCCACUAGUAAACCAAGGCUAGCCAGACGCUUUUUCGGAUAUGAUCCUGUCAAUAAUCAGUACAAAGUGUUGUGCAUCACCCCGGAUCUUGCAGGACAUGCAACACUCGAGUUUAAUCACUAUCAAAUAUUCACAUUGGGAGCUAAACCUAAAACAUGGAGAUUCAUCGAUUGUGGAAUUCCUCACGGCAUUUGGUGUAACGGUCUGUGUAUUGAUGGAUUUGUGUACUACAUUGCGAGCACGGACGUAGGAAUGAUGUGUCUGAUGAGAUUCGAUUUGAACUCUGAGAAGUUUAAUAUCUAUGCUAGAGUAUCUGAGGAAAUGAAAGCUUUGUAUUUUCAUCACAACGGUUCUAGAACUUUGAUAAACUACCAUGGCAAAGUAGCCAUAGCCAUUCAACCUUCUCACUCAGUGCCUUCAAUUGAUUUGUUCGUUUUCGAAGCAGGAAAACAAGACUACAAAGAAAAGUCUUUCUAUAAUCUUCCCCAGCUUCAUUUACGUAUGAAAUGCGUUAGUAAUCAUAUGGGUGACAUUAUUUUUGCACCUAGCUGUUCCAGAAGUGAGUUUAGUGUUAUCCACCAUGAUGUCAAGGGAGCUAUUUUUACGAAGAUGAAGCUUGAAGUUGAUGUAAAGCAAGAUUGGUUUAAUGAUUCAAGUUGUUUCGUGGAUUACGUAGAGAGUCCCAUGCUGAUUAAAGCUAGGUAGAGUUAUUAUUUCCUUGUUUUUGUUUUGGGAUGUUGCCACUAAAUUUCAUGGCUCUUUAUCUCAAAAUGUUGUUUUCUUUUGGUUGCAUUCACUAUUUCCUCUUUUCAAAUUUAUGUCUACUUAAACUAUUUCUAAUCCCAGAUGCGGUUUUUCUAUAUUAUUAUGUCACAACCUGUGCUAUGAACACAAAUUUUGAAUCGGAUUGUCUACAACUAGUUAAUCUACUUAAAAGAUGAAGACUGGUCAUUCUUUAAGCCGAAACUACAGAAUUUCUCCCUUUUACGUUCUCAAUUUACUUAUUGGUCAAUAUUUUUGUAUCAUGUUCUUUAAAUGUCUGAACCGAUAGUCUUGCAAAAAGUACCAAACU